UAGCUUGUUGAAGGAUUCUGGGUCGUUUGAGCUUUGAGCUUUGGAGUAUGUUCUCGGAGCCGCAAGUAAUUCUUGUGAAGUUUCGAGUUUGAGGGGGCUGUGGUGGAUUUUGUGGCGAGGAGAUUGUAGGAGGUUGAAAUGUAUAAGAGGUUGUUGGUUUCCUGAGAUUAACUUCUUUUUCAUCAUCAUCAUCAUCAACAUCAUCAUCUUAACGGUCAUUAACAUCAAAAUCAUCUUAACUAUCGUUAACAUUAACAUCAACAACAGUCUUCGCACUACAAUCAAAUCUCAGUAAAACCAACUAUCUCUAUCAAAAGUCUUAUACAAUCUUUCACAUAAAACAUUCUAUCUACCUUCAACCUAUCCAAUUUUCAGUCUAUUAACAGCCACCACAAUCAAAAUGCGUUUCUCAAUCUUCGCCAUCACUCCCCUCAUUGCCUCUGCUCUCGCAUUACCAGCAGCAACAGUCGCAAACACGAACUACAAACCUCAUCCAACACCCUCACCACCCAAGCUUCCCGCCUGCGGUCCAACCCCACAACCAUGUUCCUGCCCCGCAGGAACCUACUACCAAGUCUCCACCUCCGUAGCCAUCAUCCCCGCCUCAGCCUCAGACCUCCAAUCCAUCAUAGGCGACUUCCUCCAAACCUCCUGGUUCGGCACGAGUCCCGAAUCCGUCACCGGAACUGGCUACAUCCCCGGCGCAAAACGCCAUCUCCUCGGCGAAAUCCCCGGCGCAGGUAUCUACCCUAUAACCGAAGAACUCACCCUCUACAAACCAUACCCGAAUAACGCGGGGUUCUUCCAAAAAUUCCAAAUGGGCGACGCUCCAUUUUAUUUUAAUUUGACGAGUGGAGCGCCGGGGAUCUUGGGCGGAACUUGGGAUAUUGUUGAUGUGCAUGCGAUUGGGUCGAGGAGUUCGAGUUGGUUGUGGAAUAUUUAUGCUUGUUUUAGUUUGGAUUUCGAUUUUCAAGGUUUUCAUGAGAGUGCGAUGAAGAAUGUUACGGAGAUUUUGAAGGGUCAGGGGAAGACUAGUGGAAGUCUUAUUGGGCCGUUUUCUUAUUAGAUUGGUUUCUUGGGAUAUUAUAUGUGAGGCGGGGGGUUUAAUUGCGGAGUCGAGGUGGGAGUAUGAUAUUUCAGAAGUGGUUUUUUCCUUCAUAACAUUUUUCUUUUUGUUUUCGCCCUAGCUGGGUACAUUGUUUUCAUUUUUUCGCUUAUUGGAAGAAGUGGUUUGGGGGAGGAUGCGCUUGUUUUCUUUUUCUUUUCCUUUUUCUUGUCUUUUUUUUCCCUUUUUUCUUUUUUAUAAGGCUUAUAUAUAUAUAUAUAUCUUCUCCUCCUUUGCUUUCUGUACAGAUAGCUUAGAUAUCACUGCUCGCGCAGAAACUGUCAGUUUGUUUGGAGUUUUUAUUUCAUUAAAGAAGGGGCAGGAGCUUUAGAUAUGAGGUUUUGGAAUAGGGAUUUUGCUUGGUUGAUCGGUUGGUUGUAUUAUUAGUUUAGUUUUUGGGG